AUCGCGUGCCAAUAACAACAUAUCGAUGUAUCGAUAUCGUCCCCGUCUGACGACCCGUUUUACGAUAGCAAAAAAAGUGCAAAAAUCUAAAUUCUCGGCGUAAUUAAUUAGUAAAUAGCGUAGUUAAGCAGCAGCCAACACCUCCUCAUCCAUCCCCAGACGGACCCAGGAUCCAGACCCAGUCGAGAUGUCGCUCAAGCCCAAGAUAGUGGAGUUUGUCGACGUUUGGCCGCGCCUGCGCUGCAUCGCCGAGUCGGUGAUAACGCUCACCAAAGUGGAGCGCUCGGUGUGGAACACAAGCUUCAGCGACGUUUACACGCUAUGCGUCGCGCAGCCGGAACCGAUGGCCGAUCGCCUCUAUGGGGAGACAAAGCACUUCCUAGAGCAGCACGUCCAGGAGAUGCUGGCCAAGAAGGUGCUGAUCGAGGGCGAGAGCGCCAACCCCCACGGUGGCCCCGAUCUCCUCCAUCGCUACUACACCACCUGGAUGGAGUACAGCCAGGGCAUCAAGUAUCUGCACCAGUUAUAUAUCUACCUAAACCAGCAGCACAUCAAGAAACAGAAGAUCACCGACACGGAAUCGUUCUACGGCAACCUGUCCAGCGAUGCUGCCGAGCAAAUGGAGAUUGGCGAACUGGGACUGGACAUCUGGCGUCUGUACAUGAUUGAGUAUCUGUCCAGCGAACUGGUGCGCCACAUACUCGAGGGUAUCGCCGCCGACAGGGCCAGCAAUGGCACCUUGGAUCACCAUCGCGUGCAGAUUAUUAACGGUGUGAUACACAGUUUCGUGGAGGUGCAGGACUACAAGAAGACGGGCUCGCUCAAGCUCUAUCAGGAACUCUUCGAGGGACCCAUGCUGGAAGCCAGCGGUGCCUAUUAUACAGACGAGGCAAAUAAGCUGCUGCAGCGCUGUUCGGUGUCGGAGUACAUGCAGGAGGUUAUCCGGAUACUGGAGUACGAGAGCCGGAGAGCCCAGAAGUUUCUGCAUGUCAGUUCCCUGCCGAAGCUGCGCAAAGAGUGCGAGGAGAAGUUCAUCAACGAUCGCCUGGGCUUCAUCUACUCGGAGUGCCGCGAAAUGGUGUCCGAGGAGCGGCGCCAAGAUCUGCGCAACAUGUACAUCGUACUCAAGCCCAUACCUGACAGCCUUAAGUCCGAGCUCAUUACGACCUUUCUGGAGCACAUCAAAAGCGAGGGUCUGCAGACCGUGUCCGCGCUCAAGGGCGAGAACAUACACAUUGCGUUCGUGGAGAAUAUGUUGAAGGUGCACCAUAAGUACCAGGAGCUCAUCGCCGACGUCUUCGAGAACGAUUCACUCUUCCUAAGCGCGUUGGACAAGGCGUGCGCCAGCGUUAUCAAUCGCCGGCCCACCGAGCGCCAGCCGUGCCGCAGCGCCGAGUAUGUGGCCAAAUACUGUGAUACGCUACUGAAGAAAUCCAAGACCUGCGAGGCGGAGAUCGAUCAGAAGCUUACCAACAAUAUAACCAUCUUCAAGUACAUCGAGGACAAGGAUGUGUACCAGAAGUUCUACAGCCGACUGUUGGCCAAGCGCCUUAUUCACGAGCAGAGUCAGAGCAUGGACGCGGAGGAGGGAAUGAUCAAUCGGUUAAAGCAAGCCUGUGGUUAUGAGUUCACCAAUAAACUACAUCGCAUGUUUACGGAUAUUUCGGUGUCUACGGAUCUGAACAACAAGUUUAAUACUCACCUAAAAGAUAACAAUGUGGACUUGGGCAUCAAUCUCUCCAUCAAGGUACUGCAGGCUGGCGCUUGGCCCUUGGGAUCCACACAAGUUAUACCAUUUGCAGUGCCGCAGGAAUUUGAGAAGUCGAUUAAAAUGUUCGAGGAAUAUUACCACAAACUGUUCAGUGGUCGCAAGCUGACUUGGCUGCAUCACAUGUGCCAUGGAGAACUGAAGUUGAGCCAUUUAAAGAAGUCCUACAUCGUGACGAUGCAAACCUACCAGAUGGCGAUAAUUCUGCUGUUCGAGUCGUGCGACAGCCUGAGUUGUCGGGAGAUUCAGAACACCCUGCAGCUGAAUGACGAGACGUUUCAGAAGCACAUGCAGCCCAUGAUCGAGUCAAAGCUGCUGAAUGCCAGCUCAGAGAAUCUCGCCGGGGAGACUCGAAUAGAAUUGAAUUUGGAUUACACAAAUAAGCGUACAAAGUUUAAGAUUAGUUCGGCUUUGCAAAAGGAGACGCCACAGGAGGUGGAACACACGAUCAACUCGGUGGAUGAGGACCGAAAACUGUUUCUGCAAGCCGCCAUUGUCAGAAUCAUGAAGUCGCGCAAAGUCCUGAAGCACAAUGCGCUGAUACAAGAGGUACUCUCUUUGUCGAAGGUUAGCUUUACGCCCAACAUAGCAAUGAUCAAGAAAUGUGUGGAAUCGUUAAUUGACAAACAAUAUAUUGAGCGGACCGCGAACUCGGGCGAUGAAUAUAGCUACAUGGCCUAGACUGCGGAUGAGAUUAUUUAAUCUAAAGCAAAUUAAACUCCCCAGACUACAGUCUCCCAUAAACAGAAAAAGAAAUUGUUAACCAAGCGGCUUAUUUUGUCUUAAAACACCUCAUAAAUAGACAUGAUUUUAGCAAACUACUAACAUCCUUAUGUUUACAAAAUUCUUAAAAGAAAAGCAAAAGAAUGGUCAAGCGAUUUGGAUUUUGUUUUUUGUAUGAUCUUAGCUUAUUGGAAUGAAAGAUUUGUGGCGAUCGAACGAUGUUACUGAUACUUUUAAUUUAGUUUAGUUAGUUGCCCCAUUUUGAUUUAAUGCGUGUGUCCUAUAUAAUUGUAGAUAUAUUCCUUUUAUGUAUUGUAUAUUUGUCUGGUUUUAUGCACACACGCACAAAGCAGAACGAAUUGCUGGAAAAUGUAAAAUAAAAACCGAAAACAAAUUUUCAAAUUUGAUGCCGAGAAAUUUUUCCCCUACUUGUUAGCGGUCUAUUUCCCAAACGGAUUGAAUGCGUUCACCCAAGCAAUCCAAUUAAAUUGGCCAGAAAGUAAACAGAAAAAUAUGUUUAAAAUAUUUAUCAACAAGCUUCGAAUUUGUAGAAUCUUUGAUCAACGAAUUUUAGCAGGUCUCUUAGGAUUUCAAUAAAUUGUAAAUGCCAUCUACUAUUGAUAAAGUUAAAAUCUGACUCAGGAUUGAAUAUAUUUCCAUUAAAACACGUUUUAAGUCAUACUUGUCGAAAUUAUUUCAAGGUUCUUUUUAUUAUUUCAUUUUAUUUACCCUCAUAUACAAUUGUUAAAUUUUAAUAUUAAAAAUUUAUUUUCCUUGCUAAAAAAUUAUAUAUAAUUUUUUCUGUUUACUGCUGUCUGUGUUUGUAUGCUAAGGUGUAACUUUUAUAGAUCUGUUCGUAUUUUUAUUGUAAUUUGUCAUUUGAAUUGGAAAAUGUCUAAAUGGAAUCCCAGAUCUUGCUAGUGCGCAAACAUUUUUCAAGGAAAACACUUCCAAAAUGCGUGAGAUUUAUUUUGUAGAGUAUUGAAAAAAUAGGCUUUAAUUGGGCUAUUAUUAUUUUAUUGGCCGUUAAUUUGAAAAAUAAAAUUGACAUCCAGUUCUCGAAUGUUUAAAAAGAAUAUUAUUAUUGUUUUUAUGAUGCCCAGUAAUUCUAAAAGUCGAUUUUAAUGUUAUAUUCUUGUGUUCAAUAACCAUUUAAGUUUCGCCUUUGCCAAAGGAUCCAAUUUUAAUAGAUAUAUAUCUAUAUAUAAAGUACACGGGCCGUGGAUUAUUUCUGUUUUAAUAAUUUUAUUUCGUUUCAUGCUACUUUUCUAAAAAAUAUAUUCAAUAAUGUUAAUUCAAAUAAUUGUACAUAUGUCAUUAAUUAUAAUAAAUACCAACUUGCUAUAGCAUAUAAUAUAAA